AUGCCCUACGACACCGUUCCCAUCGUGUCCCAUUACAAGACAGGAGGUUUGGUCGACUUCAGUGUAGAGCUUGACACCAACCACAACGGUUAUUUCGACUUCUUCGUUUGCAACCUUGAUAAGUGCGGUUCGGACAUCUCUGGCAAGUGCUUCACUGAAGGCCAUUGCCAAAAGCUUCUCCGCGUCAAGCACAAAGAUUGCGAAGAUCCUAGCGUCGACACUAACUAUGAAUGCGGUCCCAUCGACCCGGUCUACCCUGGUCGCUGGUACGUCCCCUGCCGGAACACUGGUCACGUUGGGGUCCACAUUGUUGGGGGAGCAUCCGGCACCAUGCGAUACCAGCUUCCGGCUGGCCUUUCAUGCGAGCACUGCGUCAUUCAAUGGUAUUGGGCUACCGCAAACUCUUGUGCCCCCCGUGGAUUCCUUGAUUACUUCGAGACCUUCAACAAUCCCUUCGGAACCACCUGUGAGUCAGACGGGGGCGGGAAAGGUGCUCACCGCAAGGGCAUGUCCGAGUGCGGAGGCGAUUCCGCUCCGGAAGAGUUUUGGAAUUGUUCUGAUGUUCAGAUCACUCCGGAUGGAAAGCCGGCGGGACCGGUCACGGCCGUUGGCGCGCCCGUCGAGGAACGGUCAUCGAUGUCAAACGAUGAGGAGGAGGUCAAGGAGGAUCCUGAAGCCGUCAUGGAGAAGGCUGCUGAAGAGCUUGAAGAGGAUAUCGCCAUGACCGCCGACGAGGACUCUGGAGAAAAGAAGGAAGAGGAGAUGAAGAACGCUAGAGGCGAUUGCUUAAUGGAGGAUGAGCCAUGCGACGCCUCCGUACCGUGCUGCAACCCCCAGCAGGUGUGCGUGUACACGGAGAGCUCAACUGGCUUCACAUGCCGCUUCUGGUGGAGCUUAUGGAAGGACGUCGAGGAGAGGGAACAGGAAAUGUAG